CCAAUCAUUUAACAGCGUCCUUUUAUGAUGUCACGUGCACGCAAUCAUCGAAUCCAAUCCAAGCAUAAAAGUUAUCCACCGCGGGCAAAACUGGCGAAGCUGAACUCGAGUGGGGGUGGUAAUGGCUUUUACUGAACAUCAAAAUACUGAAAGAUUUUCCCUUUUACUGUUGGAGCCUGGGGAAAUUUAUUUCAAGGAUUACAGUGUAUACCUGUAUCCUGACGAGGUUCCGGAGGCCGAAGCUUUAAAACGUCGGCAGAAAGGAAGACUUAAAAUAUGUUCCAAGUCCCUGCUUUUUGUUCCAGAAGAGAUUAAUCGACCUAUCUUAAAGUUUCCCUUGAACAAGCAUAGCAUAGCAGAGCAUUGGACUUCUCCUUUGCUAUCAAAGCUGCACAACAAGGAAAACAUUAUUCGUUUGCAGAAUGAUCAUGUUGUGGAGAUGCUGGAGGGAAAUUUUAUCAAGCCAUAUGUCUUCAUACGUAAGAAAGUGACUUAUCGAUUUUCUUUGACAUAUGGAAGCGUUGAGAAAUGCCUCACACAUAUACUUCAGUUGAUGCGAGCUUCCACUCUACCAGCAGCGGAGCAUGAUUGCAUGGUUGCUACAAUGGUUCUGUCUUGGCAAUCUAGGAUUUCAUUUGACAGAAGUUGUCUAGGAGAUCUUUAUGAACAAAUUGUUCUUGAGACCAGAGCAAACAAGAUCACUCCUCUGGUCAUUAACCCUGGCUUAGUGCUACUUACUUCUCAAAGGCUGUAUUUCCAACCUUUUAACAACGUUGAACCGUGGCCUUGCUUGAAAGUAAAUCUGUCGGAUGUCAAGAGGGUCAUACAGCGGAGAUUCCUACUGAGGCAAAUUGGCUUGGAACUUUAUUGCUCCGACAACUCACUUGUGCGACAUCUUUUCUUGGCUUUCAAAAGUAAAGAGGAGAGAGAUGCUCUUUAUUUGCAUCUUAUGAAUCAGAGUGCAUUGCAACUUGAAGAUUCUGGGCAAGAAAACAUGACACUCAGGUGGCAGAAUGGUGUUAUCUCAAACUAUGACUACCUGCUGUACAUAAACAGCCUUGCUGACCGCAGCUUUAAUGAUUUGACGCAGUACCCUGUAUUUCCAUGGGUGAUAUCUGACUACAGAAGCACCACACUAGACUUGGAUGACAUUUCUAUCUACCGAGACUUGUCCUGUUCUGUGGGGGCACUAAAUGGAGAACGGCUUCGGAAACUGAAGGCCCGUUACGAAGAAAUGGGAGAACCCAAGUUUCUGUAUGGGUCACACUACUCUACUCCGGGUUUCGUGCUGUUUUAUCUUGUCAGGAAGAUGCCACAGUACAUGCUUUGUCUGCAAAAUGGCCGUUUUGAUCAUCCUGACAGGAUGUUCAACAGUAUUCCUGACACCUGGAGGAACGUGACAACCGAUUUGUCAGAUUUUAAAGAGCUUAUUCCUGAGUUCUAUGAUACUUCCACAAAGGGCGACUUCUUGACUAACAGUAAGAGCCUUGACUUUGGAAUUAAACAUGAUGGCAGAGUAGUGGGAGAUGUCGAGCUGCCAGCCUGGGCCAAAGGACCGGAAGACCUUAUUAAUACCUUUCGGCAAGCAUUGGAGUCCCCUUAUGUAUCUGAAAACCUUCACAACUGGAUUGACCUCAUCUUUGGCUACAAGCAAACCGGAGAAGAGGCUGUGAAGGCUAAUAAUUUGUUCUACUAUUUGACCUAUGAAGGGAACCUUGACCUGGAUAACGUCAAGGAAAUACAUGAACGCCACUCACUCGAGGUUCAAAUAAUGGAGUUUGGUCAGACACCUAAACAAAUUUUCACUCAACCGCAUCCUCAGAGAUUACCCACCCUACGCAUAGAAAGGAAACUGACCUUCAAUGAAGACAGGACAAUAUCAGAUGCCAACGCUGGGAGCCCUGAAACUACUGCUAGUUCUCAAGAUGAAACAGUGACACAAGGAAGGAGAUCAUCAUCUCUUGUCUUCCACUGGAAACGAAACAUGGCUAACCUUACAAAGGUUGUGCAGCAUGAGCUGCAUAAGGAAAGGAUUACUGGUGUUUGCUUCUCAUACAAUGCUAAAAGUGUUUUUUCAGUAUCCCAGGACAGCUUGCUCAAACUAUUUUCCUUGCAAGAGGAGCAACAGGUCCGAAGUGUAAGCUUCUCAAACAUGGCCUUGUCUUCCUGCUUACUACUGAGUGACAAAACAGUAGUUGUCGGUUCUUGGGACAACUAUAUCUAUAUCUAUGACAUUGAGUUCGGAAAAGUUCUAGAGUCUACUAUGGCCCAUGAUGAUGCUGUGUGUGAUAUUUCGUGGAAAAAUGGUGUGCUUGCAACUGCUUCCUGGGACUCAACAGCAAAAAUCUGGUCAUUCAGGCCCAAAGAAACUCGCCGGGGUAGUACCACUGCUCGCCUGCAAGCAGAGCUGGAGCAUGAGUCUGGUGUAAGCUGUGUCGAUUUGAAGGAAGAUGAUGCAUGCCAACUCACCUCAGGCACUGUAGAUGGUUGUGUAACAAUCUGGGAUCUCAAAAGUUCUUCGUGCAUUGGACGUUUUGAGAUUCACUCAAGCACUGUGACAUCUGUUGCUUUCAAUCCUGAUGGCAGUAAGAUUGUAUCAUGCAGUGACGACCAAACAUUAAAAGUGCUAGACGUUCAAACUGGAACUAUCCUGUUUUCCAAGGAUGCUGGGAGUGAAUUGAGGUGCCUUUGCUGGGAUGGAGCUACUGUUCUUACUGGUUGUGAAUCUGGAGCUAUCCUUACAUGGGAUCUUCUGAAUGCCGAGCUUUUAAAGGAAACGCCAGCACACAAUGGUGCUGUAACCUGCAUAACAGUAUCCCAUGAUGGCAACUUCAUUGCCACUGGAGGGGAAGAUAGAAAAGUUAUAGUUUGGCAAUCAUCUGAAGUGUAAUAGUUGUGCCUUAUACUCAAUUUUUGAAGUAUUGACAUUUGUCAACGUUUAUUGAGGUCAUAACUUUGUGCUCAUGGUGUCAAACGCUGUGAACAAUGCCAAGGUGGCUUUGUAUACACUGCUGUUUUGCAAAAAGAAAAACUUUACUCAGAUUGCUUUAUGUGAAGUCCAUGAAACUGUAUGUCUGCAAACUUCUGAAUUUUGAAAACAUUCCAUAAGAAAAGCA